GAGGUGAGGUGCCUCUGAGCAGCUCUCUGAAGAUCAACUGCCUGCCUGUCACAUUCCUUUCCCAGAGGCUGUUUGCUCUGGUUGUGCUAAGGGGUGAUGCCUAAGACGCAUCACUUUUCAAGAACUGGAUCAUGAACAACUUGAUCCUCCUGGAAGAACAGCUGAUCAAGAAAUCCCAACAAAAGAGAAGAACUUCUCCCUCUAAUUUUAAAGUCCGCUUCUUUGUUUUAACCAAAACGAGCCUGGCAUACUUUGAGGAUCGUCAUGGGAAAAAGCGUACAUUGAAGGGCUCCAUUGAACUCUCUCGAAUCAAAUGUGUUGAGAUUGUGAAAAGUGACAUUAGCAUCCCAUGCCACUAUAAGUACCCAUUUCAGGUUGUGCACGACAACUACCUACUGUAUGUGUUUGCUCCAGACCGUGAGAGCCGGCAGCGCUGGGUGCUGGCCCUUAAAGAAGAAACGAGGAACAAUAAUAGUUUGGUGUCCAAGUAUCAUCCUAAUUUCUGGAUGGAUGGGAGGUGGAGGUGCUGUUCUCAGCUGGAGAAGCUUGCAGUAGGCUGUGCCCAGUAUGAUCCAACUAAGAAUGCUUCAAAGAAGCCUCUUCCUCCUACUCCUGAAGAUAACAGGCGAUCCCUGCAGGAACCUGAAGAAACCCUGGUUAUUGCCCUGUAUGACUACCAAACCAACGAUCCCCAGGAACUUGCCCUGCAGCGCAAUGAAGAGUACUACCUACUGGACAGUUCUGAGAUCCACUGGUGGAGAGUUCAAGACAAGAAUGGGCAUGAAGGAUAUGUACCAAGCAGUUAUCUGGUGGAAAAAUCUCCUAAUAACCUGGAAACCUAUGAGUGGUAUAACAAGAGCAUCAGCCGAGACAAAGCUGAAAAACUUCUUUUGGACACAGGCAAAGAAGGAGCCUUCAUGGUCCGAGAUUCCAGGACUCCGGGAACAUACACGCUCUCUGUUUUCACCAAGGCUAUUGUGAGUGAGAACAACCCCUGUAUAAAGCAUUAUCACAUCAAAGAAACAAAUGACAACCCCAAGCGGUACUAUGUGGCUGAGAAGUACGUGUUUGACUCCAUCCCUCUCCUCAUCAAUUAUCACCAACACAACGGAGGAGGCCUGGUCACCCGACUCCGGUAUCCAGUUUGUUCCUGGAAGCAGAAAGCUCCUGUCACAGCAGGGCUGAGAUAUGGGAAAUGGGUAAUCCAUCCCUCGGAGCUCACUUUUGUGCAGGAGAUUGGCAGUGGACAGUUUGGGUUGGUGCAUCUUGGCUACUGGCUCAACAAGGACAAGGUAGCUAUCAAAACCAUUCAGGAAGGGGCGAUGUCAGAAGAGGACUUCAUAGAGGAGGCUGAAGUCAUGAUGAAACUCUCCCACCCCAAACUGGUUCAGCUCCAUGGAGUGUGCCUGGAGCAGGCCCCUAUCUGCCUUGUGUUUGAGUUCAUGGAGCAUGGCUGCCUGUCGGAUUACUUGCGCAGCCAGAGGGGACUCUUUGCAGCAGGAACCUUGCUUGGCAUGUGCCUGGAUGUGUGUGAAGGCAUGGCCUACCUGGAAAAGGAGUGUGUCAUCCACAGAGAUUUGGCUGCCCGAAAUUGUUUGGUGGGAGAAAACCAAGUCAUCAAGGUGUCCGAUUUUGGGAUGACAAGGUUCGUCCUUGAUGAUCAAUACACCAGUUCCACAGGUACCAAAUUCCCAGUGAAGUGGGCUUCCCCAGAAGUGUUUUCUUUCAGUCGCUAUAGCAGCAAGUCAGAUGUGUGGUCAUUUGGUGUGCUGAUGUGGGAAGUCUUCAGCGAAGGCAGAAUCCCAUAUGAAAACAGAAGCAACUCAGAGGUAGUGGAAGACAUCAGUACCGGAUUUCGGUUAUACAAGCCCCGACUGGCCUCCUCCCACAUCUACCAGAUCAUGAAUCAUUGCUGGAAAGAGAGACCAGAAGACCGGCCACCCUUCUCUAGACUCUUUGGUCAACUGGCUGAAAUCGCAGAAUCAGGACUUUAGUAGAGACUCACUGCCAGGCCAUGAGCUGCAGGUGACUGAAGGCAGAGUGUCCUCCUUUCAUAGAGCAUUAAAAACUGCCACCAGCCUAGGACUCCUGGAGACAGCUUGGCCUGUAGCACUGGCCCCUGUGAUGAAUGCAGCCUCCUGACAGAGACCUGCAGCCAGGUCACAGGCAAGGGGUUGGCCACCAAGCUGAGAGCAGGCCAGCACAGCAGCAAUGUCACUGUGUCCUCUCCGGCCUCUUGUCACCUGAAUGCACAGACCUCAGUCUAACGGCUUUCAAGGAGCACUUCUUGCACCUCUUAACAAUAGGCAGAGAAGGUGUAGGAGCUCAGAUUCUUAUUUUUAACAUUAAGCACGGAUCUAAGGCUAUGGUUCCGGGGAUUUUCAUUUGACCCAACCAUACAAUAUGCCAGUAUAUGGGGGCCAAGGAGAAUAAGAAACAUGACUCUUUUUCUAAGAAAACCAGUGAGUUGGUUAAGGCCAGGAAGCAUGCUCGGUUGCUGUGAUGCAGUCAGCCGCAGUUUCCUGCAGUAGAUGUACUGAAGCAGCUGCUUACACCAGAGGCCGGAUGUCCUGAGAAGCAGCUUCAUGAGGCUUCACAGAGCACACUGCCUCAUCACUCCCUGGCGGAGCUUGGAUGGAUCGGGAUGGACCAUUCAGAUCCCAUGAUUGGACCAUGAGGUAUCAGAUGUCUAGUCAGGAAUAAGAGGGCAUCUGAGAGGACCCCCUCCCCCCACCCCAAAACAAACAAACAAACAGAAAAAAGGCAUUACCAUGCUAAUGCUCCCAUUUUGUAUCAAGUCAUGCAAGUGACUGUGCCUCCUCUUCUACGCAGAGUGCUUAGGAAAUGAUUAUUUCGGAAUCCUCAUCAUUCCAGCCACUGGGAAUCAGCCCCCUCUCUGAAUAGUACUACCUGCAUCAACAGGGGGCAGCAUUGUGUCGGCCAGUGUGGUCUUACAGAGAGUAGUUCUAAGGUUGAGACUUCAAGUCUCCCAAAAUUCUAGGAGAGGGAUAAGAACUUUGUUCUUGGUUAAACUAUUUAUAUGGAAACUGAGUCAAGCACUGUGGUGCUUCCAGGAUAUACAGGAUGUCCAACUGUUGACUGAGUUCUUGUAUGGCAAAGUAGAUACAUAUACUGAGCUACAAGCCCUUCCUGGGAAAUGCACCUGAGUUCACAUCAAUUUAGGAAGAUAAUAUUAUUUCCCCCAUUUUAAAAAGCCAAGAAAUGUGCCCAAGGUGACAGAAUUGGGAAAUGUAGAGCUGAAAUACCAGCCAAAGUCUGACUCCAUUGCAGAAUCUUUGUUAUUUUUUAAAAUAUGUAUAUUUUUAGUUGUUGAUGUACCUUUAUUUUAUUUAUUUGUUUAUAUGUGAUACUGAGAAUCAAACCCAGUGCCUCACACAUGCUAGGCAAGCACUCUACUACUGAGCCACAACCCCAGCCCAGAAUCUUUGUUUUUAUUCAACACUGCCUUCUACUGAGAGUGAAAGGGAUUGCAAAGGAGAUCAAAAACUGGAGAAACCCACAGACUGCCCAUAAAGAAAUCAAUACAGCACCAAUGAGGAAUGCUGCUUAUGCAGAGACCACUCAGUGGACCAUGUGGAGCUCCAACUUGAAAUAGGAUCUUCGCUUUCUUCACCUUCAUCCUCAUCUUGAUCAUGGUUAGUGACUUUGUAGUUACUCAGUUAAUUAACCCUUUAAUUUUCCCUGCCCACCCGGAUCACAUUGCAUGAAGCCAUUUACAGAUGAACUUCAAAGUAGAUCCUACCGCAGAGGGAUAAAUAUUUCCCUUAAUUAUCCACCUCAACUUUGAGCUGCAGUCUUCUUGGACACUUUGUAUGUGGGGGUAUUCCCUGAUAUAAAACAAACUUGCUUUUUCUCCAAUGUUCAGUUUAAACUCUUAGAGAAAUUAUCAGAUAGUGUUGCAAUCAACUCUUUUGAAUUACGAUAUUUUUGGCUGGCUUGAGAUUUAGAUGCAUAACUUUUAACCAUAAUUAUUGUGAAACAGAGCCUCAAGAUAAAAUUCUAUCAUUCAGAAGAUGAUCUUACUCAACUUAUCCACAAUCGUCCCUGUUUACAUUUUAGCAUUUUGUGCAUUCUCUUUGGAACCCUUAAUUAGAGACCAUUUCUGGGACAUUCAGCCCUGAAGGAAAACAUCAGAAUGGACUGAUCUCUGUGGUUUGGCUUAGAAAACUUUCCUCUGCAUGGCAUUAUCUUUUUUAAGCUCAGAGUCGUUGGGGCUUCAACUGAACACGUGUACAUCACUCACCUCCCAGUGUCCUGUAUUGCAAAACGGGCUUCUUGUCAGAUGAUUUUCCCUCUCACAUAUUGAAAAUGGUGCUCUGCAUUCACAGAGAAUUCCCUUAUACAAGGUUUUUGUUUUAGUUGCAUUUUGUAGAUUUUGAGUCUAUGUAUCUUUUUAGACUAUGUAUUUAUACUUAAGUCAGAUGACUAUUUAUUAGUGUACAGUCACUGUUAGUGUUCAAAAUAAAAAUGUUACAAAUAUAUCUUACCCUUUUUAGAGCACACAAAGUUGCAUAUGUGCAAAUAAAACUGUUUUAAUAAAUGUA